AUGGCUCAGUUGCUCUCUCCUGUUUGCACAGACGCCAUCAAACUCCAAACUCCGAUUCUUCUAAGCCCAUGGCGCUCCUUUGCUAAGCCUAGCGGUUCUUGCGGCGCGAUUGCCCGCGGCGCUGGGAGACGGAACUGUGGCAGUUUGAAGGUCACAGCAAGGGAUUCGGCAUCAACAGAGGCCGUUGCCGAUGAUUAUUAUGCUGUUUUGGGACUGCUUCCAGAUGCGACCCCGGAACAGAUCAAGAAGGCGUAUUAUAAUUGCAUGAAAGAGUGCCAUCCAGACUUGAGUGGCGAUGAUCCAGACACCACCAAUUUCUGCAUGUUCAUUAAUGAAGUCUAUGAGGUGCUUAGUGAUCCAGUUCAGCGGAUGGUUUAUGAUGAAAUUCAUGGAUAUGCUUUGACUGCAAUCAACCCUUUUUUCGAUGAUUCAAGCACAAAGGAUCUUGCGUUUGUUGAUGAAUUCAGCUGUAUUGGCUGCAAAAGUUGUGCCAAUGUGGCCCCGGACGUCUUCGGGAUUGAAGAAGAUUUCGGACGAGCUCGUGUGUACAGCCAGUGUGGGAAUCGACAACAAGUUCAAGAAGCAAUUGAAAGUUGUCCAGUCGAUUGCAUCCAUUGGACUUCAGCUGCGCAGUUAUCUCUGCUCGAAGAUGAAAUGCGUCGGGUCGAAAGAGUGAAUGUUGCGUUUAUGCUCUCUGGAAUGGGAUCAUCAGCUGUAGAUGUUUUUAGACUGGCAAGUUCCCGAUGGGAAAAGCGGCAAUCAAAAGUCUUGGAACAAGCAAAAGUGAGGAUGACGAAGAAGAAGAGUUCCGACAGCGAUGAUUCAUACUGGAGCAAUCUUUGGGGGAGCCCUAAAGAUCAAAGAAAUUCAGAGGAGGAAAAGAACGAACGGGCAAAGCGAGCUGCAGCUGCUGCUCGACGAUGGAGAGAGUACUCUCGACGGGGCGUUGACAAGCCUCCGACGUUCAAACUUCCCGAGUCAAUCUCCAGCAACGACAAUUGACCUGCAAUGAAACUAAAAACAAAAAUCAACCAUGAUCGAUCGAGCAGCUUCUCGACCUUAAGAGUCACGAUUUUAAAUCUCGUCUCAUGUAAUUAUUAUAAGAACGUUCAUCGAUAAACCGAUUAAUGUAGCGGGUUGGGAUAUAUUUAUUUUCUUCUUUGCGUUGACAAUAUGUACAUUCAUAUGUUGAUGUCCUGCUUGU